GGGGUGGCGUAUACGGAACUUUGGUCUAUCACGACUCAGAGGUUGUCGCACAAUUUCGGUUCCAUGACAAUCGGAUAAUUUAGAAUUUUAGCGGUGACUACCGUGACAUGAUCUGGCCAAAUGCGGGCAUCGCUGAAAUUGUUCGCUGGGGUCUCUUCCAACCGGCCAUCAAAGCUUAGGAAACCAGCGGUUAGCUUAGACCAUUUUAUUCAGAGGCAGCGUGUUAUUUCUCUAUGGCGCGAAAUCGUCAGAGCAUUACACAAAAUCCCUAAUUCUCCCACUCGAAGAGAGCUAAGAGAUUACGCUCGUACUGAAUUUGAGCGUCAGCGGAAUGUUUCCGACUUGCAGCAUAUCCGGUACCUGACUUCGACGGGAAAGUCUGAAUUUGACAUGAUGAAACGAUAUAUCGAUGAACAGGCCACAGCUUGAGGCUAAUGCCUAGGCGAAAGAACAGCCGCAACCAUCCCCAGACACAAGAGCACUUUAUUGCCAACCUUCAUGCUUGGAUACUGCCUUACAUCAUGCAAUGUGCAAAACCCAAGGACACGAUGCAGUUGUUCUAAUACACCCUGUAAAUAGUACACAGCUACAAUAGGU